CGCGGACAGGCGGCGGAGCGAACACCCGGGCGAGGCCCCGCGGUGCGUCACGUGAGCUGCGGCGCGACCUCCUGGCUUCCGCCCGCGCCCGCCGCACGCACGCGCACUGCGCCCAGUAUGAGGGUCGUGGCUCUGAUCAGUGGUGGGAAGGACAGCUGCUAUAAUAUGAUGCAGUGCAUUGCUGCUGGGCAUCAGAUCGUUGCUUUAGCAAAUCUAAGACCAGCUGAAAACCAAGUGGGGUCUGAUGAAGUGGAUAGCUACAUGUAUCAGACAGUGGGGCACCAUGCCAUUGACUUGUACGCAGAAGCAAUGGCUCUUCCCCUCUAUCGCCGAACCAUAAGAGGAAGGAGCUUGGAUACAAGACAAGUGUACACCAAAUGUGAAGGUGAUGAGGUUGAAGAUCUCUAUGAGCUUUUGAAACUUGUUAAGGAAAAAGAAGAAGUAGAGGGAAUAUCAGUAGGUGCUAUACUUUCUGACUACCAGCGUAUUCGAGUGGAAAAUGUGUGUAAAAGGCUUAAUCUCCAGCCUUUAGCUUACCUUUGGCAGAGAAACCAGGAAGAUUUGCUUAGAGAGAUGAUAUCAUCUAACAUUCAAGCAAUGAUCAUCAAAGUAGCAGCUUUGGGCUUAGAUCCUGAUAAGCAUCUUGGGAAAACCCUGGAUCAAAUGGAGCCUUAUCUCGUAGAGCUUUCUAAGAAGUAUGGAGUACAUGUUUGUGGAGAAGGUGGAGAGUAUGAAACUUUCACUUUGGAUUGCCCUCUAUUUAAGAAGAAAAUAAUUGUGGAUUCGUCAGAAGUAGUCAUACAUUCAGCUGAUGCAUUUGCACCUGUGGCUUAUCUACGCUUUUUAGAAUUGCACUUGGAGGACAAGGCUAAGGAGCAGAAAAGUGAUUUGGCAAGAUGGAGCAAGGUAUUUACCAGUCUAAAACCUAAUGCUGUAAAACUAAAUGAGACAACUUGGGGCUUGAAUGGGUGCUGGGCUGUAGGUACUGCUGGGUCACUGUUGCUAUAAAUGGUCACUGGAGCAGAUUAAUAAAUCAAGGAUCAGUUUCACCCACAUUUAAAGGACUACUUGACUCAUUUCUGUCUCUAGUAAAUGGACUUUGGUAGUAACAAUGCCAUACCAUGAUGAUAUCAUUUGUGUCGGGAAUCAAACUGGACAAUGCAAGAGUGUUUUUGAAGCCUAAAUCUAUGGAAGACAUAUCAGUUUGGGAGAGGAUAAUAAUAAAAGUAACAAUCAAUGCUUCCAAACUCCAAUUGACUGUCUUUUUUAGAUUUUAUAUUUACUUAGUUGUUAUGCUAACCAAUUCAGCUUUUUACUGUUGCUGUUGUUGUUGUUUUAAGAAAUAAAAUUUCUGAUUGCUGUUUUCAUAAAGUUCCAGUUUGGUGAUUUCUAAUAAAUGAUAAUCCUUAUAUGAUUUAUUCAUUCAGAACACAUUUAUUGACUGCUUAUUCUUAUAUGCAUGGCACUGUUUAGACAUUGGGUGUACAAUAAUGAACUGAACAGUUAAAAAAUAUUGCUUUCAUGGAGCUUGUAUUCUAUGGAGUGAGACAGAUAGAAAAGUAAAUAAAAAUACAUUAGAAGUGUUGAUGAGAAAGUUACCUCACCGACCAUGGAUUUGGUGAUUGGGUUUUAGGGAAUAAGUGUAAUCUAGAAAUCCUGAAGUACUUAUAAUGAUAGAUUUAAGCCCAGGUUGAGGGUCAUAUUACCAGUCCUUUUGGUCACAUUGGCAGAUGUUAGUUGUGAGUUGUGUUUGAGAAAAGGGGUUAAGGUCUUUCCAGUAUCCUGUAGAUAUAGCCAAAGAGCAAUUCAGUGAACUGGAAAAGAGGUCAGAAGAAAAUAUUCAGAAUGAAACAUGAAGAGAAACAAAGAUAAAAAAUACACGUAAAAGAAUUAAGAGGCAUGGAAAUAGUGAGAACGUCAAAAAUAUAUGUACUUAGAGUGUCAGAAAGACUAGAGGGAGAAUGGGGAAGGUGCAAUGUUUGAAAAUGUAGUAGCUAAGAGCCUUCCAAAAUUAGCAAAACACACCAAAGUAUAGAUUCAAGAAGUCUUAUGAACCCCAAACAAAAUAAAAAUAGAUAUUCAGGCACAUGAUGGUAAAACUGCUGGAAACGAAAGAAAAAGAAAAAAGUUGAAAACAACCAAAGUGGGUUAAAAACAGGCUACUUUCAAAGAAGCAACAAUUAGAAUAGAAAUAUUGAAGACAGUAGUCAGUGAAAUCAAAUUUUUAUAGUGCUAAAUGAAAAUAAUUGCCAUCCUAGAAUUCUGUACCCAGCAAUAAUAUCCUUCAAGAAUAAAAGUGGAGGAAUUUCCAGGAUGACAGUAAUCUGUCAAAAUUUAUUUAAUAGUUCACUUGUGGUUUAUCCAUUUUGCUGUAUGUAAUUUUUCUCUCAAGAUAUAAAUACUUAACUCUAGUUAAUAACAUGCAUGACACAGUCUAAAUAAGGAGUAAUGUCUGCAACUUACUGGGAAAUGCAUUAAAAAUAUAAGAUGGAUUGAUGGCGAAUGAUAGGUAUGUGAUAAAUAUAACAAAGUGCUAAAUGUAGAGUGUAGGUAGUGGAUAUAUAGGUGGUCAUUGUAAAAUCUUUUAGGCUUUUCCACAUAUAUAUAACUUUUUUCCUCAAAAAAUGUUGGGGAAAAAACAUGAAGCUAAAGAUUUUUCAAACAAAAACUAAGAAAAUUUGUUUCCAGAAAAUAUCCACACCAAAGGAUAGUAAAGGAUAUUAAGGCAGAAGGAAAUUAUUCCAGAUAGAAUAUCAGAGAUGCAGGAAAGAGAUCAACGAGAAAUGAAAAGAGUAAACAUGAGAAAAUAUAAGCAGAUAUUAACUGUAUGUAAGAAUAACAUAAUGUCUCUUUGAGUUUAAAAUCUACAUAGAAUUAAAUAAAAAGCAGUGCACAUAACUAAGGGUGUUAGGGAAGUGGAGUUAAAUGGUUAAAGUUUUUGCAUUGUAUAUAAAAAAGGCAAAUGUUGAGAUUCAUGAUAAACCUCAUAGAUGUACAUAACAUGUCAUAAAGUCUAGGAUAACCACUAAAAUAAUAUAAAUUAGUAUCAUCUAAUGAAGUAGGAAAAAAUAGAAUAAUGAAAAAUAAUUUUAAAAGGCAAUAGAAAAAAAGGCAAAACAGUAAAGUAAAAUAAACAUAGAGCAACUAGCAGAAGCAAAUCAUGGGAUAAGAUUAUAUAUUUAAGUGCAAAUAUAUCAAUAAUUACAUUAAAUAUUAUUGUACCACUGUUUCACUUAAAGACAAAAAAAAAUUAGAUUGACUAGAAGGCAAACCCAGUCUAUGCUCUUUGAAAGAGACACCACUAAAAAUAAGGGCACAGAAAGAAUGAAAGUAAGAGUGUGAAAACAUGUGCAUGCAAAAGCUAGGCAAAAGAGAGUUUAUGUAGAUGUCUUUUAAUAGAAGACAAAAUGAAUGAAAAGCAUUAUUGUAAAGUACACUGCAAUAUGUUAAAAGGCUCAAUUCUUCAGGAAGAUAUAACAAUUCUUAAUUUGUUUAUAUAUAAUUACCAUCUUAAAAUGUGUAACAGAAAUUGACAGUAGGGGAUUUCCUCAUGACAACCUUGUAGUCGUAGUUCAAGAUUUUUGCAUGCUUCUUUCAAGUAUUGAUUUUAAAAACAGACAAAAUCAUCAAGGAUAUAGAAAAUCAAAAUAACACAAUUAGCAAACGUGACCCUACAAACAUAGAAACACGAUGCCCAACAAGUGCAGUACACAUAUCAUUUUCAAGGAAACUAGAAAUUAUACGAAAGUUAGUUAUACCCAGGGCCAUAAUGCAAGUCUACAAAUGUCAUAGGAAUGAAAUUAUACAGGGAAUGUUAUAUUACAAUAAGAUUAUGCUAGAAGUCAGUAAUAAAAAAAUAGAUGGCUAGAAAGAAAUACACUAGUAAGAUAGCAGAGUGGGAAGUCACCGACCUUAUUUCCCCAUGGGGACAACAGUAUAUCCUUCAAAGAGCCUUUAUGAGAACUCUAGAAACCAGUUAAGUCACACUACCCCAGACAAGCUCAGAGUCAAAAACAACCACACUGGGUAAGAAAAGCCAUCUUGUGUCAACUGUGAUGCCCCCUCCCCAAAAACAGCACAACUCGGUGUGAUCAGAAAGAUCAUGGCUUCUCCCUUGGGAGGAGAAAAGAACAGUGGAAUGUUAAAGGUACAUUCCAAAUCUUUGGGGCAAUGACUAAAGGGACUGGUUUGUGUCUCAUCAGACUUGGAAUGCAGACAGGGUCCUGACAUACUUUGGAUGCCUACAAGUUACAAAGAAAAAAGAGAGUUUAGAAGCUUAUUACGAUGCCAGAAAACUGUCAGUAAUAAAGAUGGAGGCCAGCAGAGCUUGCCAUAUUUGGGUUAGAGUGACCAACUCAUGUUUCUCCCACAGGAGGGUAAGAGAAGGGCAGAACAUGUGUCCAGUAUUCCAGAUUUUCAGAUGGCUACCCAAAUGUCUGGUUACUGUCUCUCCUGACUUGGAGUGCUGACAGAACUGACAUGUUUUGGAUUCCUGAGGGCCACAGAGAACAGAAAAGAAAGCUGCAAAGAGAGCUCAGUGGCUUUUAAUGGUUCCAGAGAACCUGUAGCACUGCAGACAGACACUCUACAGAGUAAGAGAUCACAAGCUGCUGAAAAGGAAACUGGCAAACUUACCUCCUUGUGAAAUUACAUGCACAAACCCAGGAAAGAGGCAUCCCCAGAAAAGGUUUAAGAGGACCCAAAAUUUCUAACUGGGUUGACUGGUGAAGGUCUUCCCCUGUGUGAAGCCACUUUAUAAAGAUUGGAAGAGACAUUUGCUUUUUCAAAUGCAAAAAAUGUAACAAAUAAGACACAUAAAGAAACAGGGAAACAUGACCCAAUCGGAGGCCCAAAAUAGAUCUUCAGAAACUGGCCCUGAAAAAAUGAAACUCUACUAAUAUGAAUUACUUGACAAAGAAUUCAAAGUAAUCAUUACAAAGCUCAAUGUGCUAUAAGAAAACAUAAAUAAACAACUAAAUGAAAUCAGGAAAAUGAUGCAUAAACAAAAUGAGAAAACCAACAAAGGAAUAGAAACUAUGAAAAAGAAAUAGAAAAUCUGGAACCAAAGAAUAUAAUAACUGAACCAAAAAAUUCACUGGAGAGGUUCAGCAGCAGACUUGAUCAAGCAGAAGAAGGAAUCAGGAAACUUGAAGUCAGGUCAUUUGAAUUUUUUGACUCAGAGUAUAAAAAGGGGAGAAAAAAAGAACAGUGAAGAAAGCCUAAAGAACUUAUGGGACAUGAUCAAGCAGACCAAUCUAUACAGUAUGAGAGUAUAAGAAGGAUAAGAGAGGGGGAAAAAAAAAAAAAGAGGUUAUUUAAAGAAUGGCUGAAAAUUUCCCAAAUCUGAGAAAUGAUGUAGAUAUCCAAAUUCAAGAUCAAAGGACUAAAAAUAAGACAAACCUAAAAAGACCUGCACUGAGAUACAUUACAAUCAAACUGUUGAAAGUUAGAGAGUGACAUAGGCAAGAUGGUGGAAAAUGAGGUUCCCCAGCUCAUAUCCCUCAAUAUUAACAAUAACUUGGCAAACAUUCACAGACAAAAAUGCCCUUGUGGGAGCAUUGAGAUCCAAGUAGGAGGAUGCAGAACCCCAGUGAUGCCCAAGACUUUGGAGGGCCACUUUGAGAAGACUAGCCUAUGCCCCAGUGGCAGGCUAGCUGACAGUGGCCUCAGCUGCAUGUCAGUAACAGCCCUAUUCUCCUGUAGUCUCAGUUCAGGACACACUUGGUCUCUGUCCUGCCCACGAUCCCAUUUGCCAGGGGACAUGGGAGGAGUCAGGUUGGCUUAUACCUUCAUUAGAAGGCCAACAAACUUAGUCCUGGCUGUGGAUCCUGAGACCUGUGACUCAGCUACAGCCCUGCUUUGCUGUAGGGAGAAGUCCUGCCUAGCCAAGGACCUGGUAGGAGAUAUGCCUGUUCAUUCCUCCAAUGGCAGGCCUGCUGACCUCACACCCAAUUUUGUACACUAAAGUGGCCCUUAAAUGGGCUGUAGCCCCAAUCUACCAUAGCCCAGAGACAGUCCUGCCAACCCAGGGGCCUCUGGGAGACACACCCAUGUAUGCCCCCAAUCUACCAUAGCCCAGAGACAGUCCUGCCAUCCCAGGGACCCUCUGGGAGAUACACCCAUCUAUGCCCCCAAUAGCAGACACACCAUUGAGGUAUCUGGCUGUAGACCUUGAACUGGUCCUGUGACUUAAUUCCAUUUCCACUCUACUAUGGCCUGGGGACAGUGCUACCCACAUAUGUUACCUUCAAAAGACACAUCUAUCCAUAGCCCUGGUAACAGGCCUGCUGAACUCAUACCCUACCAGAAUGCUGAAGCAGCCCUGUGACUUGACUCUAUCCCCCAUCUAUUGUGGUUAAUGGGCAUCUAGUAGGAGCCAUGCCUAUUAAGACCCUUCUAAUGGACCUGCCAUCUGCAGACCCAGAAGUCCUCUUGUGACCCAGCUCCAACCUUGCUUGACCAUGGUUCCAGAGGUAGUCCCAUCUGAUUGGUACCAGGCAGGAAUUGUGCCCACCUGUGCCUGCAGUAACAGGCCCUCCAACUGUGUACCUGACUACAGACCCAGCAGCAUCCAUGUGACACACCUCUAGCCCCAGUUAAUCGUCAUCUUGGAGGCAGCCCUAUCAAUCUGGGGACCCAGCAGGAGAAGUUUUUUACCUGCAAAAAUCAGUCUGUAAUGACUGGAAAAGGUGUUUGCUCUUUCAGAUGCAUAGACAACAAUGCAAGGCUACAUAGAUUGCAAAAAAUCAAGCAAACAUAACCACAGGAAGUGAAUAAAGCUCCAACAACCAGCCCUAAAGAAAUGGAAAUGCAUGAACUGCUUGACAAAGAAUUCAGAAUAACCAUUUUAAAGAAGUUUAAUAAGCUGUAAGAGGACAAAGAUGGACAACAAAAUGAAGCCAGGAAAACAAUACAUGAAUAAAAUGGGAAGUUUAAUUUUGAAAAAAAUAUAGAAACCUUAAAAAAAGAACUAGAUGGAAAUCCUGGAACUGAAGAAUACAAUGACUGAACUGAAAAACUUAGAAGAUGACUUCAAAAACAGACACAAUGAGACCCUCUGAAGGAAGCGGACUUCUCCUGCAGGACCCAGGAGUCCCCCCGCCCAAAACUGUGAGUGCCCCAACUGCAGAAGUGGCAAAGGGAGACCUUCCUCUCCCAAACAUGCACCUCCACUGGAGAAACUGAAGGUCUGUUUUUGGGAGAAGUUUCCGACUAGCUGGAGCUGAGUCAAUUUGGAGAGCCAAGCAAAAUACAGGGGUGGAGGAAGCAGCAGAAAGGCCCUGGGAGCUCACUGGGUCCUCUAGCAGGCCAUUCCUGCCUGGCACCACAGGGAUCCAAUGAGAGAGAAGCAGGGAGUAAAACUACACAGGGAGAAGCAAAUCUCUAGCUGAACUUUGUAACAAUUUGAACAGGGUGAGAAACCUUCUGGCCAGAACUUGGGGAAGGGCGCAAAUCUGGUGUGCAGACUCCACAGGCAGGGGAAGAACCAAGCCCUUUUCUUUCGCAGCUUGGGGGCAGACAGCCUGCAGUAGAUUUUCAAGCCUGUAUUGCUGUCUGCCUAGAAACAUCUGGGGGGUGUUGAGGGGACAUGGUGGGGGUAAGACUGGCCCUUGGGUUUGCUGGGAGCUGGGUGAGGCCUGUGACUGCCAGCUUUCCCCCACCUGUCUGACAACCUGCAUGACUCAGCAGAGGCAGCGAUAAUCCUCCUAGGUACACAACUCCAGUGACCUGAGAAUCUCACCCCUAUCCCCAACACCAGCCACAGCAAGACCCGCCCAAGGAGAGUCUGAGCUCACACACACCUAGCCCCACCCCUACCUGAUGGUCCUUCCGUACCCAACCUGAUAGCGGAAGACAAAGGGUAUAUAAUCUUGGGAGUUCUAGGGCGCUGUCCACCACCAGUUCCUCCUCAUAAUACCACAGCUGAUGCUCUCUGGAAAGUGCCACCUCCUGGCAGGAGGCCAACCAACACAAAAAUAGAACAUUAAACCACCAAAGCUAAGAAUCCUCACGGUGUCCAUUGCAUCCCCCGCCACCUCCACGAGAACAGGUGUUGGUAUCCCUGGCUGAGAGACCCAUAGAUGGUUCACAUCACAGGACUCUGCAGACAACCCCCAAUACCAGCCCAGAGCCAGACAGACUUGCUGUGUGGCUAGACUCAGAAGAGAGACAACAAUCACUGCAGUUUGGCUCACAGGAAGCCACAUCCAUAGGAAGAGGGGGAGAGUACUAUAUCAAAGGAACACCCCAUGGGACAAAAGAAUCUGGACAACAGCCUUCAGCCAUAGACCUUCCCUCUGACAGAGCCUACCCAAAUGAGAAACAACCAGAAAACCAACCCUGGUAAUAUGACAAAACCAGGCUCUUCAAUGCCUCCGAAAAAAAUCAUACUAGUUAACCAGCAAGGGCUCCAAAUGAAGAACAAAUCCCUGAUUUACCUGAAAAAGAAUUCAGGAGGUUAGUUACUAAACUAAUCAGAGAGAGACCAGAGAAAAGCAAAGCCCAAUGCAAGGAAAUCCAAAAUAAGAUACAAGAAGUGAAGGGAGAAAUAUUCAAGGAAAUAGAUAAAGAAAAAAAAUCAAAAAUUCAGAAAACUUUAGACACACUUAGAAAUAUGAAAUACUCUGGAAAGUCUCAGCAAUAGAAUUGAACAAGUAGAAGAAAGAAAUUCAGAGCUCAAAGACAAAAUCUUCAAAUUAAACCAAUCCAACAAAUACACAGAAAAAAGAAUAAGAAAAUAUGAACAAAGCCUCCAAGAAGCCUGGGAUUAUGCUAAACAACCAAACCUAAGGAUAAUUCGUGUUCCUGAGGAAGAAGAGAAUUCUAAAAGCUUGGAAAACAUAUUUGGAGGAACAAUCAAGGAAAGCUUCCUCAGCCUUGCUAGAGACCCAAACAUCCAAAUACAAGAAGCACAAAGAACACCUGGGAAAUUCAUCACAAAGAGAUCUUCACCUAUGCACAUUGUCAUCAGGUCAUCCAAAGUUAGGACAAAGGAAAGAAUCUUAAGAGCUGUGAGACAGAAGCACCAGAUAACGUAUAAACCUAUAAACCUGUCAGAUUAACAGCAUAUUUCUCAGCAGAAACUCUACAAGUGAGAAGUGAUUGGGGCCCUAUCUUCGGUCUCCUCAAACAAAACAAUUAUCAGCCAAGAAUUUUGUAUCCAGUGAAACUAAACAUCAUAUAUGAAGGAAAGAUACAGUCAUUUUCAGACAAACAAAUGCUGACAGAAUUCGCCAUUACCCAGCCACCACUACAAGAACUAAAAGGAGCUUUCAAUCUUGAAAUAAAUCCUGAAAACACAUCAAGACAGAACCUCUUUAAUGCAUAAAUCACACAGAACCUAAAAACAAAAUACAAGUUAAAAAGCAAAAACAAAAAUAAAAUGCACAGAGGGAGCCAAAAUGGCCAAAUAGGAACAGGUCCAGUCUACAGCUCCCAGUGUGAGCAACACAGAAGACAGGUGAUUUCUGCAUUUCCAACUGAGGUACUGGGUUCAUCUCACUGGGGAGUGUCGGACAAUGGGUGGAAGACGGUGCAAGACAGUGGGUGCAGCACACCAAGCGUGAGCCAAAGCCAGGGCGAGGCAUCGCAUCACCCGGGAAGCACAAGGGGUCAGGGAAUUCCCUUUGCUAGUCAAAGAAAGGGGUGACAGAUGGCACCUGGAAAAUCGGGUCACUCCCACCCUAAUACUGUACUUUUCCAACAGUCUUAGCAAACGGCACACCAGGAGAUUAUAUCCCACACCUGGCUCGGAUGGUCCUGCGCCCACAGAGUCUCACUUUUU